AUGGUCAGAAGGUCGCGGGUUCGAAACUUUGAGUUGCGGCUCGUGUGGGUUGGUGUCGGCGAAUCCGUAACGAGUCAUUUAGAAAGCAAGUUUUCGGCUGUGCAACGGAUACUUCUAUUGAAGAAUGUAUCCAGCACCAGAAGCUGCGCUGAUUGGGACAUGUGUUGCUUAUUCCUAACCAUCUGCUGUUUCCCGUGCCGAAUUUAUAGUGGCGGAAGCAGAGAGGUGACCAACCCUUUUCCCGGCAGAGGGGUAGGGAGAAAAUUACGAAACGUCUGGGUGCUGUUGGUGCAACUCGCCUUCGAGGACCGAGACCGCGUGAUCCCCACUGGUUGGAGACGCUGCGAGAUAAGGCUGCUAACCGAUGUCACUGGCACUCUUGUCAGUUUCUAUCCAGAUAGCCUGAAUGAGUGUCUGGAGAACUUUUCAAAUAAAUCACAGCUGAACGGCGGCGAAGCAUCGGUUUUGAAUACUGAUGCCACGCUCCAGACACCGCUGCCUUGCGGUCAGGCUUUUGAGUCAACAGCUUUGGUUGAAGACCCCAAUUGUCCUCCCGACUAG